AUCACCAGCAACAAGACAUCAGAUCAACUGCUUUAAAAAGACAAAGAUGUCGGGCACUCUUCCUGAGCCAAAACUGAAGAUUAUACUUGUUGGAUUGACUGGAGUUGGGAAGACUUCAGUCAUGAACACCCUUCUGGGAAUAGAGGAUCAAAAACAUGGACUUGACCCUUCCUCACAGACAACAGGGUGCAAGAUGGCGACAGCACAGCAUGGUGACCAAGAACUGGUUAUUAUCGAUACUCCGGGUGUGUAUAACACCGAGAAAACAGAAGAAGAGGUGAAGAAAGACAUCAUGGAAAGCAUCGCACAUGCUGCUCUCGAUGGUGGUCCUCAUGUCUUCCUGUUGGUGAUGCGGCCGGAUAGAUGUUCAGAGGAUGAAAAAGAAGCAGUGGAAAUCAUUCAGAAGAUCUUUGGUGAUGGGUUCAAAGACUACACUUUGGUCUUGUUUACCCGUGGAGGUAGACAUGUACCUACUUACAAAGAAGUGAAAAAGGAAAUGAAAUUCCUUAGGAAGUUCAUUCAUGGAGAUGAUUCUUUUCAUUCUUUUGAAUGUAAGAAUGUAAAUGGUGAAGAAAAGGAAAAGCAAGUGUCUGAUCUAGUGAAGAAGAUCAACAAUAUGGUUGCGAACAACAGCGAGCAAAACAAGCCGCGUUACACCAAUGAAAUGUUGAAAAAGGCACAGGAAAUCCAAAAGGAAAUGGAGAUGUCAGAACCUAAUGGCACAGAGGCAGAAAAGCUGUGUAAAACGGUUGAGAAGUUUGUUAGUGGGGUGGUGGGCGAGCCAUGGGUACGUUAUUUGAACAAGAUCGUUGACCGUGCCAUAGAAAAAUAUUGCUAAAUGUGCCUAAAAAUAAGCUGAAGAUUCACCAGAAUUUGAAAAGUUAUGAAACAGAGAAAUCAAAACGGUGAAAAAGUGAAUAAGGUGAAUUAAUCUAUUUUUUUAUUUAGCUUUUUUACAAUGAGUGAAUUAUUCUAUGAUCUGAACUAUUGCUGAAUAAUUGCUUGGUUUUCCCAAUACAUCAUGAAUUAUAGUCUAAUAAGGUUAAUUACAAUUAAAAGUAAAGGUACUUGUGUGAAGAAAAAGCAGAAGUGCCGGUACUCAGGCACUGAGUAUGUUUGUUACGCAACUUCAGUAACGUACAUAAUUAAAAUAUGUCAAUGUGGACUUUUGGUUUCAGACGGGACAGGAACAGCGUUUUCCUGGAUAAAAGUCCUGUGUUUGUUUGACCCAUCCACCCCGACCUCCCUACGUCACCUGGCAUUACCUGAAAUUCUUCAAGAAAACUUUGUUUUUC